UUUACUUCAUCCGUAGCAGCUCGAUCAAGCUGCGUACCUCAUCUUGAUUUGAGAGGACCGUCACAGCUGUUGAUUAUGCAGUUUCUUUCUUGCAGUUAUUAUGCAUGACCACGAGCAACCAUGUGAAAUGAGUGUUGAACUGGGUGGUAUUUAUGAUCUUCUUCUUUUUAUCCUCUUAAUGCUAUAUGGAACUUUGUAUUUUAUUUUAUUUUGGCUUUACCUUCGUUCUACCUUCUGUGUUUAUUAUGUACCAUUGGCUUACUUCCGUGCCAUUAUUACUCAAUUAGCGCUUUGGCUUCCUCAGCGUCUUCUGCUCUUUGCUAUUAUUAUCCAUUUCUUCCUCCUGUUUUCUCUUUUGCUCGGUUUUUUUAGAUAGCAUAUGUGUUGUCUGAGGGGUUUCGAUUAUAGCAAUAUAGCAAGCAAUUUUGUUCCACUUUCAUUGAUGUGAGAUCUAUCAUCGUAUCAGCCCACUAAAUGGGAACAUAUGCAUAUCCCCCCUCCCGUCCCCCUUCUUAGAGAAGAGAUCA